UUGCCGUCCAGCCACUGUAUAUAAACGGCUGGAUGUGGCAGUCCAGGGGCAGGUUGCCGUUCAUAAAAGGCGGCCGCAAUUUUCGACUGUGCGCACUCCCUGGGAGCGCGCAGCACCACGAUCCAGUGCCCUCCUCCGGACACAGUGGAACACCGAUCGUUGUACGGGACCUCUGUGCGAGGUCCCGAUCAUGUGAUCACUGAUUGGCCAAUCAGUGAUCACAUGCAGAGUAGUAAGCAAGAUGUCACUUCUGACAUCAUUGUUUACUACGUGUGAAAUCUGUGAAUGAUCACCAAGGUCACAUGG